CACAGAGUUGUUUAUUGCUUAAAGUUGUUAUCUUUCUGCCAGUAGUUUAAUCAUGGAGUGUGUUUUUUAUGUAUAAAUCUUAUGAUACUCAAGUUUUUACUUUUUUUGUGGGUUGGGGGGCAGGUUAUAUUGCCAUCAUGUUCGUUCUCACAUUAAAUUUGAUAGAAAAGUGCUGAUUUUUCCAAUCAGAUUGCAGUUUGUCUGGUACUUCCUCCGUUUGUACUCUAAGAGACGCUGUUGAUCAGUAAAACCGAGUCUAGUGUGGUUGCUGGUAUGUAGGAGAGAAAGAGGAGGGAGAAAUACAGUGUUCAUACCAGGGUGCACUCGAUGGAAAUACAGUCGAUUUGAAAGAGCUGUUUUUCAGAGCUAAUAAUCACACACGUGUGUUUGUAAUUGAUGCAGUACUGUUGGACUGGAUUGUAAAUAGAUAUUUCCUGUCGCUGGGGAAUCAUUUUCAGUUACUUUGAGGAUUUUGACUCCAUGCGCCAUGGGGAUACGCCAGCACGGAUGGGGAAAAUGGCUGCUGUGUGAGACACUUACAUGGCAAUUAUUCAAUCUUGUGUUCAUGGUUUGCACCAUCAACGGUCAAAUCCGUUAUUCAAUACCGGAGGAGAUGAAGAAAGGUUCUCUGAUCGGUAACAUAGCCCAGGAUCUUGGGUUGGAUCUGAAAAGGCUCCGUUCCGGCCGGGCUCGUAUCGUUACCGGAGAAAACCACCACUACACCGAGCUGAAGACAGACAAAGGGAUUCUAGUUGUGAAUGAAAGGAUCGACAGAGAAGAGCUCUGUGGAGACGUGACACCGUGCAGCUUCAGCUUCGAAAUCAUUUUGGAAAAUCCAAUUGAAUUGCACAGAGUGACCGUAGAAAUAUUAGAUGUGAAUGACCACUCGCCAACAUUCAAAAGUAACGUAAUUAAUCUAGAAAUUAGUGAAUCUGCAACAAUAUUAUCUCAUUUCGACUUAGAAAGCGCAUAUGACCCCGAUUCAGGGAUUCACGGCUUGAAAAAUUAUGUUUUAACUCCGAAUGACAAUUUUGUUUUAAAGCAGCAGUCCAACGCUGAUGGAAUCCAAUUUGCUGUGAUGAUUUUACAGAAGCCAUUAGACAGAGAGAUGCAUCCACACCUCACUUUGAAACUCAUUGCAGUAGACGGAGGAACGCCUCAACGAUCUGGUACAGUAAAUAUAGAAAUUACUGUCCUUGAUGUCAACGACAAUCCUCCUGUUUUUAAUCAGUCCAUUUAUACUGCUGCAGUGACAGAAAAUGCCCCAGUAGGUACAUAUAUUACAACUGUGAAUGCUUCAGAUGCCGACAGUGGGUCGAAUGGAUUGAUUACAUAUAUGUUUUCCAAUGUUAAAGGAAAGUCUGGAGGACAUUUUGAAAUAGACAGUUUAUCUGGUAAAAUAACUGUUGCUGAUGUAAUAGAUUUCGAGAAAGACAAAAAAUACGAAAUACGAGUAAUUGCUAAAGACCAGGGCGGCCUUAGUGACGCAACAAAAGUCGUGAUUGACGUCGCUGACGUAAAUGAUAAUCCUCCAGUUAUAAAUAUAAUGUCCUUCUCCAGCCUGAUUUCAGAGGAUGUCCCUCCUGGCACUACUAUAGCUGUUUUUAAUGUAAAAGAUGUAGACUCUGAGAGAAACGGUCAAAUAACAUGUUCAUUAGAUUAUUUUCUUCCCUUCAAAAUCCAGUCUUCUUUAACAAAUUAUUACAAUUUGCUUUCAGAUGUCCCAUUUGAUCGUGAAACAACACCAGAAUAUAACAUAACCAUAUCUGCAACUGAUUUAGGGUCACCCCCACUUUCUACAAAAACUACUUUACAGCUAAAGAUUUCUGAUGUAAAUGAUAAUUCUCCACUCUUUACUGAACAAAAAUAUUCUGCUUUCAUCAUAGAAAAUAAUGUCCCCGGCAAAACCAUAUUCAGCGUGAGUGCACGAGAUUCUGACUGGCAUCAAAACGCUAGAAUUUCAUACUUUCUGGAAGACUCACAGGUUAGUGGCAGCCCAAUAUCCUCUUAUGUUUCCAUAAACACCGAAACUGGAGUCCUACACGCAGUGCGGUCUUUUGAUUAUGAACAAAUCAAGCUGCUUGAAUUCACCGUCAAAGCUCAAGAUGGAGGCUCCCCUCCACUCAGCAGCAACGUGACAGUUAAAGUAGUGAUCCAGGACCAGAACGACAACCCCCCUCAGGUCCUGUACCCAGUCCAGACUGGUGGGUCAGUGGUGGCUGAGAUGGUGCCUCGUGCAGCAGAUGUGGGCUACCUGGUGACUAAAGUGGUGGCUGUUGAUGUGGACUCUGGACAGAAUGCCUGGCUCUCGUAUAAACUGCAGAAAGCCACAGACAGGGCGCUGUUUGAAGUGGGCUUACAGAAUGGAGAAAUCAGAACUAUCCGCCAAGUGAAUGAUAAAGAUGCUGUGAAACAAAGACUGACUGUUAUAGUGGAGGACAACGGGCAGCCGUCUCGUUCAGCUGCAGUCAUUGUUAACGUGGCGGUGGCGGACAGCUUCCCUGAAGUGCUGUCUGAGUUCACUGACUUUACACACGACAAGGAGUACAAUGACAACCUGACUUUUUACUUAGUGCUGGCUUUGGCUGUAGUGUCCUUCCUCUUCAUCACGUGUGUAGUGGUUAUUAUAUCAGUGAAAAUCUACAGAUGGAGACAGUCUCGCACCAUGUUUCACUCCAACCUCCCUGUGAUUCCAUAUUAUCCACCACGUUACUCAGACACUUUGGGCACAGGGACUCUCCAGCACGUGUACAAUUACGAGGUGUGCAGGACGACUGACUCCAGAAAGAGUGACUGUAAGUUCGGCAGAGCUGGUAGUCAGAACGUGCUGAUAAUGGACCCCAGUUCUACAGGGACCAUGCAGCGGAUACAGAGUGAGAAGAGCAUCCUGGAUGAACCAGACUCUCCUCUAGAGGUUAGAAUGCUUUAAAACAGCUGCAGUGUUUUCAAAAUUAUUUUGAAGUUAUACACAUUCUGAAAGCUUACCAUACCAUCUUCAUUUUAAUUAAUACUUGUUUUAAUGUGGCAAUAUUUUAAUAUCUAAAAGUGGUUUAAUUACUAUGUAAUUUGGGUAUAGGUCACGUGAUCUUUCGCCAAAUUAUCUGUAAUUGUAUGCUAACCUCAACCUCCUUUCUAAAACACUGCAUGAUUUUAUUCUUUCCACUAGUAAUGGGUUUGCUUCUUUCUUUGUAUGGUUAUUAUAACA